AUGAUAUUUGGACUUUGUUAUUCAGUUCUCGGACAAGAAUCGAAGCCUGUCCCUUUGAAAAAUGUGGUUGUCGAAGCUAAUGUUGUGGACAUGAUCGCCGAAGUCGCGAUUUCCCAAACGUACAUAAACGUUGAAGAAAACUCCAUCGAAGCCAUCUACAGAUUUCCGAUUCAUGAAGCUGCGGCGGUGUGCUCUUUUGAGGUAGAGAUUGAUGGUAGGAGAAAGAUUAAGGGCGUCGUUAAAGAGUCUGGAAAAGCGACCCAGGAGUAUAAUGAUGCUGUUCAGCAAGGCCAUGGCGCUUACCUCUUGGAAGAACAUUAUCCGGAUGUUUUUGAGUGUAAGGUUGGCAACAUCACCCACAAGCAGAAGGUUGUGAUCAAGAUAACCUAUGUUACCGAACUUAAACAUGAUUCGGAAACCGAAAAAAUUCGAUUUGAACUUCCAACUCAUAUAGCCCCAAGAUACCAGCCACCCGAUUCCAGUGUCGGGUUCGAAGCAGACAAGCAUUAUUCUGUGGGUAUCGGGGACGGUUUUGACUUAUCGAUUUCGGUCACUUGCAGGAUGACUUCGGUUAUUACUUGCAUCGAAUCACCUUCACAUCAUAUUUCGACAGAACUAAAUAUCGAUGGAAAUCCGAAAGUCUCAAGAAUUACUUUUGAAGAAAAUGCGAAAUAUCUGGAAAAGGAUUUUGUCUUAGUUGUCAAAAGUCAAGGACUCGAUCGACCAAGUCAACCAUAUUCUCAAUCAUCGCAAUCGGCAGCCGUUAAUCUUGCUCAACAUAUGCUAGCGAAUAUGUCCGGAACUGAAAUAUACCGAUGUUUGGAAUGGGUUUUUGCUAAUACGAGAUCCGAUAUGCCAACGGCCAUAUUCUUACUUACUGACGGUAGCGUUUGGAACGUUGAUGAAAUUGCGGAAUUAGUACGGAAAAACAUGAAACUUCAUAAAGACAAUCUUCGCGUAUUCACUCUUGGUAUCGGAGAUUCCGUUUCGCACAAUUUGGUAGAAUCAGUUGCCCGUGCCGGAAAAGGAUAUUCCCAAUAUGUUACCAAUAAUGAAAGAAUGGAUAAGAAGGUUAUUGGUAUGCUGAAGAAUGCUGUUAAACCACCUAUCAAAGAUUACAAAAUCACUUGGUCAGAUGCAGAUCUCAUGGAGGUUGAAAUUAUUCCUGAAAAAGAAAAGCCCGUCAUCAGCUUCUUUAGUGAUAACGAUAUCCCACCUCCACCACCUUUGCCAGAUGAUUUUGUCGAGAGGCUACAAUUACGCCAAGCGCCUCAUGAAAUCCCGCAAAUAUAUCAAGGAGUUCGAUUUUUGGUGUAUUGUAUGUUUGCGAAGGGAGUUGAGCCUAGUCGAACCAUUACAUUAACAGCCACCUCACAAGAUGGUCCGAUGAGACUUGAAAUACCAGUUGACCCGGUAACGUUACAGGGAUCUAAAAUACACACUCUGGCCGCUCGAAAACUUAUUCAGGAUUUGGAAGAUGGGAAGUCUUUCUUGCACCUACAUCCUAAAUUUGAAGGAAAAAAUGUUGGCGUAUCCUCGGUGAAGAAGCAAAUCAUUGAUUUAUCUGUCAAUUUUCUGGCGAUCGAUGAUCGGGAUGUUGAAAUGGAUAAAGAUAAGAUCAAAUCACCACAACAAAGAGUAAUACCUCCACUUUUCAUGGAUCAUCGUUCCGCAUCUCAAAAUAAUUUUAGAUCAAAUUUCGGCGGUGCCUCUAAAAGAAGGAAAGCAGGGUUAUCAUUGCGUUCUUCCGCGUCCUCCCCUGUUGCCCGCUCAAUGAUGGUGGCUACUGCCUCCACGCCUGUUGGCUCCGCUGAAAAAUCCAAGAAGCAGUAUAGGCCUCCCAAUUCCAUUGGUUCCUUACUUUCGUCUGACCGCCACGCAGCCUCUAUAUCUAGUUAUACCUCGCUCGCUUCCAACGCAUUAUCUGAAUGUGAAGUUGCUAUUUGUCCCUCGCUUUCGCCUGCCGUCGGCACAACCUCCACAUAUGAGGAUGUGAAGAGAUCGGGGAAUCCAACCGUUCCUGAUUCGGAUUUGUUGUACGAAUUUCUGAGGCUGCAGUCGUUUGAUGGAAAAUUCUUACCCGGCGAAGAGUUUUAUUCCUAUUUUAACCUUGGCGGCAAGGAUGACGCCGGUAAUGGGCUGAGGGAAUUUGGAAUUAAGAAUGGUAUUGAAGAAACGGUUUGGACCACAGCCGUGGCAAUUAAAUACUUGGAAAUCGUCAUGGGAGAAAAAUACCUGGCGGAAAGUGAAAUGUGCCGGGAGAAAGCGGAGAAUGCUUUGAAAAAGAUGACUGGAGAAGGUGAAAGAGAAAACAAGGUUUUGGAAGUUGCCCAAAGGUGGAUCAACGAGUGGCACCUAAUGGGUAAGGAUAAGUGA